ACGUCCUCCGUCUUAACAAUCAUACAAUUCUAGUUCACAUACUGCUGUCGAGCCGGCCUUAAAGCUGAGACGGUACCUCUGGAGAGGUAACCCGUCGCUGGAUCCCGAAGCACAUUUCCCCAAAUCAUAUUUAGUUGCUCCGUCGGACAGAACAUGGCUCGUAUCUCCAAGCGGGAGAGGAGAAGGUGAGAACGCCGGCGGUGGAAGAAGUGCUUUUCUCAGAGGUGUCGGGAGGUCGGAGGGGGCCCAGGUCGCUCUCUUGUCUUGUAAGAGGAUAAAGAUAAAAGGGAAAUCAAGCAAUUUUAAGCGGACUGUUUGGGCCAGCCGAUGACACCAUGACUAGCGGGCCGGAUGAGAGCUCGGUUCGAGUCGCCUUGAGGAUUCGUCCUCAACUGGCCAAAGAGAAGAUGGAGGGCUGUCAUAUCUGCACAUAUGUGAUGCCUGGGGAGCCCCAGGUGGUCCUGGGUAAGGACAAGACCUUUAGCUAUGACUAUGUCUUUGACAUAGACACCCAGCAGGAAACCGUCUACACCUACUGCACUGAGAGACUCAUCGAAGGCUGUUUUGAGGGCUACAAUGCAACUGUAUUUGCUUAUGGACAGACAGGUUCGGGGAAGACUUACACCAUGGGAACCGGCUUUGAUGUCAACAUCAGAGAUGAUGAGCUGGGUAUCGUUCCCCGGGCUGUCAACCACCUGUUUAGAGGCAUCGAGGAGCGCAGACAGGCUGCCACUGAACAGGGCAGGCCUGUUCCUGAGUUCAAGAUCAACGCACAGUUCCUGGAGCUGUACAACGAGGAAGUGCUGGACUUGUUUGACUCGACGCGUGACAUUGAGCACAGAAAACAGAAGUCCAACAUCAAGAUCCACGAGGAUGCCAAUGGAGGCAUCUACACUGUGGGGGUCACCACCCGGACGGUCACUACUGCAGCGGAGAUGAUGCAGUGUCUAAAGCUGGGCGCACUGUCUCGUACCACUGCCAGCACCCAGAUGAAUGUCCAGAGUUCGCGCUCACAUGCCAUCUUCACCAUCCACCUGUGCCAAGUUCGAGCCUGCUCUCCUGAUGAUAACAAUGACAAUGUAACAGACAACCGUCUAGCUAAGGACUCAGAGAUUAAUGAGUUUGAGACACUAACAGCCAAGUUUCACUUUGUGGACCUAGCUGGUUCUGAGAGAUUGAAGAGAACCGGAGCUACAGGAGACAGAGCUAAAGAGGGCAUCUCUAUCAAUUGUGGGCUGCUUGCUCUGGGAAAUGUCAUCAGUGCUCUGGGAGACAGGAGUAAGCGCUCCACUCAUGUGCCUUACAGAGACUCCAAACUGACCCGGCUGUUACAAGACUCACUGGGUGGCAACAGUCAGACAGUGAUGAUUGCCUGCAUCAGCCCGUCGGACCGGGACUUCAUGGAGACUUUGAACACCCUGAAGUACGCCAACCGGGCCCGAAACAUUAAGAACAAAGUGGUGGUGAACCAGGACAGAGCCAGCCAGCAGAUCAGUGCACUGAGGACCGAGAUUGCACGACUGCAAAUGGAGCUGAUGGAAUACAAGACGGGGAAGCGUAUGGUGGGUGAAGAUGGGAUGGAGGGCAUCAACGACUUGGUCCAUGAGAACUCAAUGCUGCAGACAGAGAACAACAAUCUGAGAGUGAGGCUGAAGGCCAUGCAGGAGACCAUUGACGCCCAGAGAACCAGACUCGCACAGAUCCUCAGUGACCAGGCCAACCAAGUUCUAGCUAAAGCAGGUGAAAGCAAUGAAGAGAUUGGAAUCAUGAUUCAGAACUACAUUACAGAAAUCGAGGAGCUCAGAGCUAAACUUUUUGAAAGUGAAGCUGUGAAUGAGAACCUCAGAAAGAACCUGUCACGGGCCUCCACACGCUCCUCACUGUAUGGAGGCCCUGGCUUCUUCUCGCCUACUCCCUUCACCCCUGAGAAGGAGGCCAGUGAUGUCAUUGAGCUGGCCAAGAAAGACCUGGAAAAACUCAAGAAGAGGGAGAGGAAGAAGAAGAAGAGCAUUAUCAAAGAAGAAGUCCAAAACAAUGACCAUGAGCGCAGCAACGAGGAGACAGAGGUGGAGGGCAGUGAUCAUGAAGAAGGUGAGGAUGUGGAUGCAGAGGACGACUUUGACAUGGCCGGAGAGGAGACUUCUGAUGAGUCUGACUCUGAAGAAUUGGAGGAGACAGAAAAUGUCCAGGCUGACCUGGCCAACAUCACUUGUGAGAUCGCCAUUAAGCAGAAGCUUAUAGAUGAGCUGGAGAACAGCCAACGGCGUCUGCAUACUCUCAAACAGCAGUAUGAACAGAAGCUGAUGAUGCUGCAGAACAAGAUCAGAGACACACAGCUGGAGAGGGACAAAGUGUUGCACAAUAUGGGUUCAGUGGAGUCGGGUACGGAGGAGAAGGCCAAGAAGAUCAAAACAGAAUAUGAGAAGAAGCUGAGCUCCAUGAACAAAGAGUUGCAGAAGCUCCAGUCAGCUCAGAGGGAGCAUGCUCGCCUGCUGAAGAACCAGUCACAGUAUGAGAAACAGCUCAAGAAACUCCAGCAGGAUGUGGCAGAGAUGAAGAAGACUAAGGUGGGGCUGAUGCGUCAAAUGAAGGAGCAACAGGAGAGAAACCGAGCCACAGAGUGCAGAAGGAACCGAGAGAUCGCCUCUCUGAAGAAAGACCAGCGCAGAGCCGAGCACCAAUUGAGACAGUUGGAAGACCAGAAAAGACAACAGGAGCUGAUCCUGCGUAGGAGGAAUGAAGAGGUGACAGCUCUUAGGCGACAGGUGAGACCUGUGUCUGGAAAGGCAAGCAGGAAGGUAAGCUUACCUGAGCCUCUUCAGGAGUCGUCACAACGAGCAACCCCAGGAAGGCUGCAGUCCUCUGGUGUGAGCCCUUCCAAUGGAGCCAGGUAUACCAUGAGUUCUCCGGUGCGGACAGGAAGUAUUUACAUCAGCAGAACAGCCCGGGCCAAGUGGCAGUCACUGGAGAGACGUGUCAGCGACAUCAUCAUGCAGAGAAUGACCAUCUCAAACAUGGAGAAUGACAUGAACAGACUCCUGAAGCAACGUGAGGAGCUGACCCGGCGGAGAGAGCGAGUUUCCAGAAAAAGGGAGAAGAUGGCAGUGGAGGGUGCGGACGCUGACUGUUCCCUGGCCCCCCUGAAUGAGGAGCUGGAGUCUCUUAGUGCUAAUAUCGACUACAUCAACGACAGCAUUGCCGAAUGCCAGGCCAAUAUAAUGCAGAUAGAGGAGGCUAAGGAGGAAGUAGACACAGUGGAUAUUACUGCAGUGAUCAGCUCCUGUAACCUGUCAGAGGCCCGCUUCCUUCUGGACCAUUUUAUGAAUAUGGCCAUCAGUAAGGGUCUGCAAGCAGCUCAGAAAGAUUCCCAGCUGAAAGUGAUGGAGGGCAGGUUAAAGCAAAUAGAGAUCAACAGCGCUACCCAGAACCAGCUACUCUUCCACAUGCUAAAGGAGAAAGCCGAGAUCAACCCAGAGCUUGACGCCCUGCUGGGCAGUGCUUUGCAAGAGUUAAGUUACCUGUCACCUGAAAAUGGAGAUGACAGCAGUAGUGAUGAGUCCACCCCCAGUCCAGCCACAGAGGGCAGCACACUGACAUCAGAUCUAAUGAAGUUAUGUGGUGAAUCUAGACCAAGAAGCAAGGCUCGAAGGCGUACCACCACCCAGAUGGAGUUGCUGUAUGCCAGCAGCGGAGAUCUGUCUUGUGAAUCUCACGCCGGAGACUUCUCAGCCCCUCUGCUGUCCCUCGCAGAGUGCCUGGAAGGGCCAGCAGACAUGCAGGGUCACGCGGUUGGUCACACCCCUGACCACGAGUUAACUGUGUCCCCAUCUGGACUGGCUGCCAGGCCAGCUGGCAUCUCUGGAUCCAGGUCUCCUACAAGGACUGAGAGGAAACAACUGGACCGCUCUCCCCUCAACCGAAGAAAGAUGCAAGAGAAAGGACCACCAGUGGCACACAUCUCAACGCCUGCACACACACCUCCAGUUAGCACAGCAGAAACCAGAACUAAAUCCACUGACUACAAAUCACUGAUGGAGGAGUCCCCUGUAUUUGAGGGUCACAGAGGUGUGAUCAACCCGAUGACAGCCCAUAAGAACAGCCAAGGGGCCAAAUUUCAGUGUGUUCAUGUAGCAGAGGGGCACACCAAGCCUGUUCUAUGCGUGGAUGCCACAGAUGAUUUGCUAUUCACAGGAUCUAAAGACCGUACAUGUAAAGUAUGGAACUUAGUAACAGGUCAGGAGAUCAUGUCCUUAUCAGAUCAUCCCAGCAGUGUUGUCUCAGUCAGGUACACAUCCAGCCUUGUUUUCACAGUUUCUACUGCCUACAUCAAAGUCUGGGACAUAAGAGACUCAGCCAAGUGUAUCCGCACACUCACGUCAUCAGGCCAGGUGGGUUCAGGAGACACCUGUUCCUCUGUCAGAAUGUUAUCCAUCCCACCAGGAGAGAGUCAGAUCAACCAGAUCGCUCUCAACCCUUCUGGCUCCUUCCUUUAUGCUGCUGCUGGAAAUGCUGUGCGUAUGUGGGACCUGCGCAAGUUUGUGUCUACAGGGAAGCUGACGGGCCAUUUUGGAUCUGUCAUGUGUCUGACUGUUGACAAGUUAGGUAAUGGGCAGGAUGUUGUCCUCACUGGCUCCAAAGACCAUCAUAUUAAAAUAUACGAGGUGACAGAAGGUGUUCAGGGUAGCAUCAGCUCCAGUCAUACACUUGACCCGGCCCAUCAAGAUGCCGUGGAGUCACUGGUCAUGCAUGGAGACGUCUUUUACAGCAGCUCCAGAGACUACUUCAUCAAGAAGUGGGACUUAGCCAGUAAACAACUGCUACAGCAGUCUGUCAGUGCCCAAGCAGAUUGGGUUAGUGCUCUGGGCAUUGUGCCAGGCUCCCCAGUGCUGCUUAGUGGAUGCAGAGGAGGGCUGCUGCACCUUUGGAAUGCCAGCUCAUUAGCACCCCUGGGUGAGGUUCGGGGACACGACAGUCCCAUAAACGGCUUGGCCACCAACAGCAGCCAACUGUUCACUGCCUCAGAUGACCGCACAGUGAAGAUUUGGGAAGCUAAAGGAUCUCUGGAGGAUGGAGUCCACUGACUGAUUCCUGUUAAUCACAAUUCAGUCCCCAUUGUCAAGACAGAUCACAGUGGAGCCUCUCAAGUAGAGCUUCAAGAACUUCAGAACAGCUGUGAUGGACAGCACCUUUCAUAACUGUGACAGAAAACAUUCAGAUUUAUGGAUCUGUGUUAAUCAAUUCAGAAGCCUCUCCUGAGCUUUUGACAUUCCUCUCCUCACUCCAGCACAAGACAACAUAGAUACCUUACUUCUAUAUAGUGUUUUUUUUUUAGCUGCUGAGGGAAAAAAAAGGGUUUUGAUGAAAUGCUUUUCUUCUGUUUUCCAAGUUCUUCAAAUCCUCUGCUCACCUGGAAUGUGAGUUUAUCCUGUGUGUUCACAUGAUGUGUUGUGUCUUCCUAUCAUUGCUCUCCGGGUCAUUUCAGGUACAGUAUGUAUGUGUUCUCCAGCUGUUACGGCCAAACCCUUCAGUGGAACAUAACAGGCCUAGAAAUAAAACGGUGUGCUCUUACGACAGUUUAGUAAAUUUCCACUUCAGAUAUCCGUUUUCUCCUUUUUCUCCGGCAUUUCAGCCAAGUGUUAACUCAGAGUUCAUUAAGUGAAUGACUGAUCAAUAUCAUGUCCUGAUAAAAAUGUGUGUAUCAUGACUGAACAAGGCAGCACAGUGGCACAGUGGUUAGCGCCGUUGCCUC